AGAAAUGUCAAAUUAAUUUCCAAUCCAAGUCUUUGUUGUGAUUCACAGUUUUUUGUCCCAAAUUUACCUGAGUUUUUAGUUUUAUCAACCCAUUUUUUAAUGGAAAACAAGUUGAAAUUGUUGUUCAAAACGUUUGCUUUAUUUAAAGCGCAUUCAGGUGGAUCGCUUGCGAGUGCCCUUGCGUAACGCCCCCACAAGAGUGGAGAUAGUGGGCCAGUUGCUGACCUUGGAAUCUGUACUAUUAGAAUCAUUCUCGAUAAAGCCUUCAGGAAAAUGUCCAACUACGAGCUGCACGCGAGCGAAACCAGCAUCUCGAUCCCGCGGGUCAUCACCGUCGACGGGGUCAACUACUACGAGGUGAUGGUCAAGUGCGGCCUGGUCAUGUGGACCGUGAACCGGCGGUACCGAGACUUUGACGACCUGCACAGCAAGCUGGUCCAGGAGCGAAGCGUUGCCAAGGACAAGCUGCCACCGAAGAAGGUGAUCGGAAAUCGGAGCCCAACCUUCCUGAAGAAGCGCCAAGAAGCGCUGGAGCAGUACUUGAAGGAGAUGCUGAUUUUCUUGAAGGUGACCAUGCCGCGGGAGUUUGUGGAAUUUCUCGAGUUCCACCGGUACGACAUCAUCUUUCUGGCGCAGAACCUGGCCUGUUCGUUUUUCCUGCGCGGCGAAACCUUCCUGGCCAAGUCGAAAAAGUACGGCUUUUCCGUGCUGGAGCUGCACGCCAUCAGCGAGCGGCUAAAGUUGCCCUGCCCGGCGACCGAAGCCGCCGACAGCGCGUUGAACUUUUCCCACAUUAUGGACUUUUGCUCCCAGCUGGAGACGGUCAUCGUGCUGCCGACGAAGAACAGUCUGCCGAUGAUUCUGUACGACGACGAUUCGGAAAAGUACAUUCCGCACGCGCUGCAUAAACCGAUAGCAAGCAGCAAUCUGAUUCCUUCGCAGCUGCGUUACGAGCUGAGCGUGUUCAAGGGCUUGAAAAAUCUGCUCAUUUAUGGCAUUUCGACCGAGAACAUAGAGAAUGUUGGUGGCCUCUGCGAGAGCCUGGUCCGCAUCGAGGUGUAUAAAAGUGAAAUCAAACACAUCCGCCAGAUCGCGCUGUGCGACGACAUCCACAAAAACACCGUCACCGAGCUGGACCGGUCGAAGGAGUGGCGCAAUUUGCGGCACGCCGUUUUCAAGGAAAAUCAGCUGACGGAAAUCGACUUUACGAUCCGACUGUUUCCGAAUCUCAAAGACCUGGUGCUGGACAAGAAUCAGAUCGAGUGCAUUGCCAACCUGAGCGCGCUGAACAAUCUGCAAGCGCUGAGUCUGCGAUGCAACCGGAUAAGCGAGUGCGUCGAUUGGCACCUGCAGCUGGGCAAUUUGGUCAGCUUGAAUUUGUCCCAGAACCGGAUUCGACUGCUCGAAGGGUUGUCCAAGCUGUACUCGCUGGUGAACCUGGAUCUGAGCUGCAACCAGAUUGAACAAAUCAGCGAAAUCGACCACAUUGGAAACCUUCCCCUGCUGGAAAAUCUCCGCCUGAUGGGAAAUCCCGUCGCCGGAAGUGUCGAUUAUCGCGCUCGGGUCCUGUCCCGCUUCGGAGACCGGCUCCAGGAAAUUUAUCUGGACAACGAAAAGGGCAACCAGACGGAGUACGACACGGCGCUGGUGCUGUCGGCGUUGCGCAUUUCGGCGCAAGCCUCGCAACGUAAGCUGCACAGUUUACUGCUUCCGGAUGAGGAGGAGCAGCAGCAGGCGGUGGCCGGAACGAGCAACGGGACCAGAUAACGACCAGUUUUGCUGUGCUGAGCUGUGUCGUGUUACAGAUGAACGUUUUUAUUUUUUUAUUUAAUCUCUAAUGUCGUGUCUAUUUUUAUUGGUUAUGAUAUUCGCUAAGUUAAGUGUAUGUUUUACAUUCUGAUAGUGCAAUUUACUCGAUAGUAUAUCAACAUUUAAAGAUGUUUUGCCCCUUCCAUUUGAAAUGGUAUUGUUUUAUUGUAUGCUCAUUGAAAACAUUUGUGUAAAUAAAAUAUUACGUUUAUUUUAUGUAGCCUAA